AUCCAUCCUACUUCGACGCCAAUACAUCUCUCAUAUCCUCUCUGGUCCCCGGAAGAUGCGGCUUUGGUCGAAUCGUGUUGAGCAGAGAAAAGCCACCCACGCCCUGUUCUUGGCGGCGGCUGCAUCUCUAGGCAACGCAAGCAGGCUGAGGCUGAGUCGCCGACUUUGAAGAGCGCCCGGCGCGGAAACCAGGCUCGAGGAUGUUUCUCAGCUUUCCUAUCCUUUGAUCCUCGUCAGCGGUCCCAUCGCCCUUUGUUAUCUGUUUGACCCGCGGUCUUCGGGUGGAAGAUGAGUCCUGGGUCCAAGCACCAAUGGCUGGGGCCAUUGGAAAAGCUCCAAAGUCGCGCCUCAUCACCCGGACAGAAAUGUCUGGCUUUAGCAGUUGUUGCGUCAGAAAGAGGUAGCAAUGCUGAGCGAGCUGUCGUUGAAACAGCACGAGAUGAUGAUGCUCUAUGCCACCGUUGCCGAGCCCUCGACCUCAAGUCUUACCUGGGCCCGCAGGCCUCCACCCCAAAAGGGGAUAUAGCGACGCUUACAUGGGUAUCACCUUGGACGAAUUGCCAUCUUUGUGUCCUGCUCGCUGCCCUCUUUCACGGGCCCGCAAAUGGGAGGCAGUACGAGCGCCAGGGACCAACAGAGCUGAUUCUGGGUUGUCGCUCAGAAAAUACACCCCUAGGAAAGAUCACCUACUUUGACCUCAAAGAGAACAUAUACGCGCGGCCAUCAUACUUUCUCUUUCCUAUCACUGGGCCUGACCAUCGACCUGGCCACACUGAUAACGCUCCACCUGGUAUAGGACGACGACUCGAUCCGCAACGUCCAGACUUCGGUCUCGUAAAGCAGUGGCUAAAUUCUUGUCGGACGCACCAUGUGAAGACCUGUGGGCAGGCACCCGACCGGAUCGCGACUGCUCUCAGGGUCAUCGACUGCAAGACUCGCAAGCUAUGCAUGGCUCCACCUGGUUGCCCCUACAUAGCUUUGAGUUAUCUGUGGGGCAAUACAGCUACGAGCGAAGAAUCGCAUCCACCGGAAGUCCUGCCCAGCCAGGUACCGAAGACGGUGGAGGGUGCCAUUGCUGUCGCCCUUGCACUUGAAAUACCCUAUCUAUGGGUCGAUCGCUACUGUAUCAACCAAAACGAUGCGGACGAAAAGCACAGUCUCAUCCGUGACAUGGACAAGGUAUAUCAAGGCGCCGAAGUUACAAUCAUCGCUUCGGCAGGGGACAAUCCCCACCACGGUCUUCCUGGAAUCCGCCAGACUACGCGACGACCUCAACACAUGGUGAAGAUCGGGUCUUACUUCUUCAUAUCGUCAGAAGAUCUUGGUAAACAAGUCAGAGAUUCGACCUGGAACAGCCGCGGGUGGACAUACCAAGAAAUGUUGCUUUCUAGGCGCCGGCUGGUUUUUACGGAAUCCCAGAUGUACUUCCAAUGCAUGGAAAUGAACUGCAUGGAGGGAUUGGAAUCUGGUUAUGUAACGGGGCAUUUUUAUUUCCAUGGAGACUUACUGGCAUUCCCGCGACAUGGACUAGGGGCCGCUGCCUGGAGCAUUUACUACCGACUGACGGAGUAUUACCAAAGGAAGUUGUCAUUUGAUUCCGAUAUCUUAAAUGGCAUAGAAGGCGUCUUCGGUGCCUUGCAGCGGUCCAAGUCGACGCACUCCUGCAUCAGUCACUUCUGGGGCAUCCCGUUUUCCUUCCACCGAGAAGGUUCAGGAGCUGAAGGACAUGCUUCAUUCGCAGCCCAACUGGCAUGGGCGGUGCGUCUAACUUUCUCACGAAAAUCCAAAAUAAAAGAACACGGUUCGGGGUUUCCGUCUUGGUCAUGGGCUGCGGUCAAAGCGAGGUACGUCAUGGAAAGGUCCGAUGCCCUUGAAAUGGACAUCACUGGGCAUGCCUUCCGCCGGAAACGCCCAGAAACCUCGAGAGAUGUUAGCGUCGUUGUAACGCAUCGAUCUGGAGAACGGAUGAACCUAAUGGCGUAUGCAUCUCACGCAGACCACUACACACGCUUCUUCCCCUGGCUUGAGUUCAAUAGCUGGAGUAUCUGGUGCUCUCUCGAUCCAUUCAAGAAGUACCGCCAAAGCGACACUUCGGAGUGGCUAGAAUUUGAGAACGUAAGAGACUGGGCCGGAGAAAAACUCCUAGCCAUCUAUCUAAAUGGUUUCACAACGGUCGCAAUUCCACCAUUACGAGAGCAUGCCCGGUUCGACACUGCGUGUCUGUUGGCUGGAGAAAUCGAGCCUGGUGUGUUCUGCCGCGUAGGAAUAUGGAUAGCUUAUCGGUCGAUGACGGAGCAGGAUCGGUCGCUUGGAGUGGGGCAGCUUCUAGAACGGUUUACUGAUUCUAAAGUUCCCGAGCUGAUUGGGACAUGGCGGAGGCGAACUGUGCGUCUGGUUUAGGGUUAAGAGUGCUGUCAGUGCUAGGUGUUCUUCUUCCUGUUGUUCUUGUUCUUGUUCUUCUUCUUAUUUGCCUUCGAGUGACAAAUCCCUAGACACAUGGGGAAAAGGUUGAAAGCCAGGGCACUAAGACUUUCCACCAAGGUUCAUACACUAGACUGGGGGUCCUUUAGAUAGACAUCCAGACGGUAGCAUAUGUUAAUACGUCACUGGUGGCUCAGGUGACUGGUCUGGGACUUGAGCCAUCUGUGGUGACAAAGGCU